AUGCGGGAACGUGAGAAUGCAGUUAAUUUUGGAGUCCAAAAUAUGGUGAAACUGACGAGAUUGGAGCUUAAACGCUUUAAUGGGGACCCAAUGAAGUGGUUAGAGUUCUGGGAGAAUUUCGAAAGAAAUGUCCAUGACAAUCCAGGCGACUCGGAUGUACACAAAAUUUCAUACUUGAAGGCAUGUUUAGAUGGGCCAGCGAGCACGACGAUCGCCAAUUUGUCAAUAAUUGGGGACAAUUACAAACCAGCAAUAGCAAUUCUCGAAGAAAAAUAUGGACAGACAGGAUUGUUGAAGGAAGCCCAUAUGGCAGCUUUAAAGGCGACACAAGGAGUUUCAAAUGCAAGAGAUGUGAACAAAUUGAGGAAAUUUUAUGAUGAUGUAGACGCACACUACAAGGCGCUGUCGGUAUUAGAAGUUCCAGGAGAGCACUACUCGGUAGCUGUUGUCCCAGAGUUGAUGGGUAAAGUACCAAGAGAUGUAGCAAUCAACAUACGUCGAUCAAAGGAUGUUAAUCAUGAGUGGAUGAUAGGAGAGUUUCUUGAUAAGUUGUGGCAAGAAUUGGUGAUAAGAAGUGCGAGUGAGUCACAAGACCAACCAGUAAUCGAAAGGAGAAGAGAGGGCAGAGUACUUUUAGUCAACAGUACCUCUUGUGUUUACUGUCUUGGAGAACAUCAAAGUAGAGAGUGCAGCCAAGUCAAGGAUCCUGAUAAAAGAAAGGACAUUUUGCGUAAAUACAACAGAUGUUUUCAGUGUCUUCGGAAAGGACAUCCUCAAAGAAAGUGCAGAGAUAAAAGGCAGUGUGACAAGUGCAAGAAAACAGGGCACCACACAUCGAUAUGCAGAGGAGAAACGACCCCAAAUUUGCAUGCUGCACCUAAUGGAGCUAUUGCGUAUCAGACGGUGCAGGCAAAGAUUAACAUACCAGGGUAUGACUCAGUUCCAUGUCGCAUGCUGCUAGACACAGGUAGUGACAAAACGUAUUUGGUGCAGAAGAUUGCUGACAAAUUGAAAGGUAAACCCAUUCGACAUGAAACAAAGGUUCUUGAUACUAUUCAUGGAAGCAGAAGCCACAGGUGUGCUGUUUAUAAUUUAGAGAUCAGUAAUAUGGAAGGAGAAGUUCAGCUCAUUACAGAGGCCGCAACGCUAAGCAAACUGACAACUGUGAGGAACGCCAGACCUGAAAUUGUACAGCAAAAUUUAAGCACUUGA